UUGAGAAAAAACAUAACCUAUCUUUAAUCCUGGUGGUUUGACUGGUACUAGUAGUGAACUGAAAGUAUGUCUUGAAUUAAUACCUUUAAUUCUCAUUGUUAAAGAGAUUGCAGAUUUAGUAUGUACAAUUUUUAACGCGUUUCGAUUGAUUUUUGACUUACUAAACUCCUAUCAACCUUCAACAAUGGCAAUGCUUGCAGAAAAGAGAAGGCGUGAAAAAUGGUGCAUAAAUCCACGUGGAAAAGCAUGGAGUGAUGACAAGACAAAGUUUGGUCAGCGCCUUUUAGAAAAAAUGGGCUGGAGUGCUGGACAAGGUUUGGGCAUCAACAACCAGGGACCUACAGAGAUUGUUGCUGUCAGGAAGAAGGAUGACAAUAAAGGUCUUGGAUUUAAGGACAAUGGAGAAGAGUGGCUCAAGACGACAAGUGAUUUCAACGAUUUAUUGGAUCAGCUAGGCAGCUCUAUGGAGGGGGAGGGGGAGCAAGCAGACAACGUUUCCUCUCUAGAAGAUCGAUCCAAGAAAUCUAAAGCAAGAGUUCAUUAUCACAAGUUUACCAGGGGAAAGGAUUUAAGUCGUUAUUCACAAAAAGAUCUUGCAUCAAUAAUAGGACCAGUUGUUGUAAAAUCAAAAUCUGGUGACGAGAAUGAUCCUGAUUAUACAAGAAACCAAGUAAAUAUGGGAAGUUCAGAUAAGUAUUUCAAAAGUAAGAAAAACAAAAGGGAAGACAAAUUACAUGAAUGCAAUAUCAAUGAACCUGAACCUAUAUUAGUAGACAACAAUGAACAAAUUUGUGUAAAAAAUAAAAAAAGAAAGAAAGGAAAGGAUGAAUGCAACACCUUUAAAGAGCCACAUGAACAAUUAAGCUUUGAAAUUCCUUCAAAACAAAAUAGAACUAAUGAUGAAGAAUAUUACAAAGAUUGUGAUGAAGAAAGUGCUACUAUUGUUCAAGAUAUUCAAGUACCUAAGAAAAAGAAAAAGAGGAUGCAACUUGAAGCUGAAGUAGAAGAGAGUGAAAUUUGUCAAGAAUUAUUGGAGAACAAUGAAACAUAUCCAACAAAAAAAGAUGAUGAUCUAUUUGCUGAUAAUAUAGAGGAAGUUGAAGAUCUUAAUAAUAAGAUAGUUAAGAAAAAAAAGAAAAAGAAUAAAGAAAAAGUAAAUGAGGAGUCUUCUUCCAUAGAAAACCAAGAAAAAUCAUGUGAUAAUAAUGAAACCAAAAUUAGCUACAGGAAGGCAAUAAAAACUGAAAUAAUACUAUCAGAGAGUGUUUCCGUUGUAGAGAAUGGGUGCAGUAGAGAUGGAGAAGAAACAAUUGAUAAAUAUGAAAAUGCUACAAAUAAUGAAAUCACUUCCAAGAAGAAAAAGAAUAAAUUGCAUAAAAAUACCAUUAUUACAGAAUAUGAUAAUGAAGAAACCUUAAGAACUUUAGAAAAAAACACAAAAAAGAGUAAAAAGAAGAAAAGUAAAAGUGAAUUUGGUUGUUCAGAAUUAGACACGUCAUUUAACAUUGAUUGUAGUGGAGAAAGUGAAGAGAUAUCAUCAAAUAAGGAAAAGCAAAGAAACCAUAAAUUGUUGUUAGAAUCAUCAGAUGUACCAGAAGAAAGUGCUAAAGACCUUAAAUUUAAAAAGAAAUAUAAAAGAGAGAUUAUUGAUGGCACAUUCAAUACUGAUUCAGAAAAUGUAACAAUCGAUGGAGAUGCAGUAAUUAGCAUAGGUUCAAGUGAUAAGGUUGAUGGCUGUGAUAAAAAGAAAAAGAAGAAAAAGAAAGAACAUUCUACAUGUUAACAUUAAAGUAAUUUUAAUUCAAAUA